AUGAACUGUUACGGUACUGGCCAUACUUUACGAGAAUGGGCCUUGUGUUUACGAAUCGUAUUACUGUUACUAAUACUCAUGACAGCUAUGUCUGUACCGUAUCUAAUAGAACUGAUGGGCUUAGUUGGCAAUAUCACUGGUACGAUGCUCAGUUUCAUCUGGCCAGCAAUGUUUCAUCUCCGACUCAAGGCAUCAAAUGGAGGACGAAAGGAUCAGAACUUUGACAAAUUAAUUAUUGCAAUUGGCAUUUGUGUAAUGACUACUGGACUAUACUUUUCUGCUAUUGAACUCAUUACGGCUAUUCAUUAUGCCGAAAGAUAA